AUGUCUGUUUUGCAAGAGAAGAUUCAAUUGAACAACGGCACUGCCAUUCCAGCCGUUGGAAUGGGCACUGUGACUCCGGACGACAAAAAGCCCAUCCUCCGCGACGUUGUCAGAGCAGCGCUUCUCGAUGCCGGCUACCGCCACAUCGACACCGCCUGGUACUACGGCGUGGAGCCAAUCCUGGGCGAGAUCCUAGAAGAGAUUUUCAAAGAGGGCAAGAUCAAGAGAGAGGACAUUUUCAUCACCACCAAGGUCUGGCCUGCUCUGUGGAGGAACCCGCAGAAAUCUUUGGAAAAAUCUCUCAAGGAUCUGAGAGUCGACUACGUUGACCUGUGGCUACAACACUGGCCAUUGACUUUCAAAUCUGACGAAAACGGCCAGCCACCUGUUCCUCGCGACAGCUCCGGGCAAGUCAUCGAGGACGACGGCGAUUUCUUGGACACGUACAAGAAGAUGAUUGAUAUCUAUAAGAAUUCCAAUAAGGUGAAGGCCAUUGGAGUUUCGAAUUACUCCAUCGGCAACCUGGAAAAAUUACUGAAGGAAACCGAUGUUGUGCCUGCGGUCAACCAGAUCGAGCUUCAUCCACAGCUGCCUCUAAACGAUCUGGUGGAAUUCUGCAACAAACACAAGAUAGUUGUUGAGGCAUAUAGUCCGUUUGGGUCCAACGGUGCGCCUGUCCUGAAACUUCCUUUGGUGAAGCAGUUGGCCGACAAGUACAAGGUCAGACCUGCAGACAUCCUUGUGAACUACCACACUGCCUCUGGACGCGUGGCUCUGCCUCAUCGGCGAAAAGGAGCCUAA